UCUCUUUCGUCUCCUGCUUCUGCGAGUCACUGCCAUAACCUAAUUGAAGCAGGAGCCUCCGUCUCCCUUUGACACCCAGAAGUUUCUUGUUCGUAUCUGCAAGCCAUGCCUUCUCUACCUGUCUCUGAUGUUAUUCUCUCUGAGACUCCCAAAGAUAAAAAGGAGAAGAAGAAGAAGAUAAAGAACGAGGCUCCAAUUGAAGAUGGGGUUACGGUGAAGAAGAAGAAGGAGAGCAAGAAGCGUAAAGCUUUGGAUGCUGAGAAGAUGGCGAGUGAGGAUGAUGUAAAGAGUGAGACGAGUUCUGAGUUGGUUGAGCCUGAUAGUGUGAAAUCUAAGAGUGAGGAGAAGAGGAAGAAGAAAAAGGCUAAGUUGGACGAGCCUGAAGUUCAAGGGGAAGAGGUUGAGAAGGAGAAUCCUAAUGCAAUUUCGAACUUUAGGAUAUCGGCGCCGUUGAGGGCCAAGUUGAAAGAGAAGGGGAUUGAAUCGUUAUUUCCCAUCCAGGCGAUGACUUUUGAUACCAUCCUAGACGGCUCUGAUCUGGUUGGUCGAGCUCGCACUGGGCAGGGUAAGACUCUUGCCUUUGUGCUACCCAUAUUAGAGUCUUUAAUAAAUGGUCCUGCAAAAGCAGCCAGAAAGACUGGAUAUGGAAGCGCUCCUUGUGUUCUUGUGCUCUUACCUACUAGAGAAUUGGCCAACCAGGUGUUUGCUGAUUUUGAAGUUUAUGGUGGGGCACUGGGAUUGGCCUCUUGUGUUUUAUAUGGUGGAGCUCCAUAUCAAGCACAAGAAUUUAAACUCAAGAGGGGUGUUGAUAUUGUUGUUGGAACUCCAGGACGCAUAAAAGAUCAUUUAGAGAGGAAAAAUCUUGACCUGAGCCAACUAAGGUUCCGUGUACUGGAUGAAGCGGAUGAGAUGCUGAGGAUGGGUUUCGUUGAAGAUGUUGAACUCAUUUUGGGUAAAGUAGAGGAUGUUAGUAAAGUUCAGACACUUCUUUUCAGUGCUACUUUGCCAGACUGGGUUAAGAGUAUUUCUAUGAAAUUUCUGAAAUCUAACAAAAAAACUGCUGACCUGGUGGGCAAUGAGAAAAUGAAAGCUAGCAUUAAUGUUAGGCAUAUUGUUCUCCCAUGUUCUAGUUCUGCCAGGUCCCAACUUAUUCCAGAUGUUAUACGUUGCUAUUGCAAUGGAGGUCGGACAAUUAUAUUUACUGAGACAAAGGAGUCUGCUUCUGAGCUUGCAGGGCUGUUGCCUGGUGCACGAGCUCUGCAUGGUGAUAUACAGCAGUCACAACGUGAGGUCACCUUAGCUGGUUUCAGGGCUGGGAAGUUUACAACAUUAGUGGCCACUAAUGUGGCAGCCCGUGGUUUGGACAUUAAUGAUGUUCAGUUAAUUAUCCAGUGUGAACCCCCACGUGAUGUAGAAGACUAUAUCCAUCGAUCUGGGCGCACUGGAAGAGCAGGUAAUACUGGAGUUGCUGUGAUGCUUUAUGAUCCAAGAAGGUCAAAUAUAUCAAAAAUAGAAAGAGCAUCUGGUGUGAAAUUUGAACACAUAUCUGCUCCUCAGCCUGCUGAUAUUGCCAAAGCUGCUGGUGGGAAUGCUGCUAAAUUGAUAACCCAGGUGUCUGAUAGUGUCAUCCCUGCUUUCAAAUCUGCUGCGGAGGAUCUUUUAAACAAUUCAGGCUUAACAGCUGUUGAAUUACUUGCAAAAGCUCUUGCCAAGACUAUUGGUUAUACUGACAUAAAGAAAAGAUCACUACUCACUUCCAUGGAGAACCAUGUCACGUUACUUCUUGAGAUUGGCAGACCCAUCUAUUCCCCUUCAUUUGCAUUUGGAAUCUUGAGGAGAUUCUUGCCUCAGGAGAAGGUUGACUCAAUCAAGGGUCUUACUCUCACUGCAGAUGGAAAUGGUGCUGUUUUUGAUGUGUCAGCUGAAGACUUAGAUACCUUUCUGAAUGGUCAGGAAAAUGCUGCUAACGUUAGUUUAGAAGUAUUGGAGGCAUUGCCAAGUUUGCAAGAAAGAGAACAAUCAAGAGGUAGAUUUGGUGGUGGUCGAGGCGGUGGCGGCAAUAGGUUUUCUGGUGGAAGGGGUGGCGGCAGAUUUUCUAAUGACAGAAAUGGUAGGUUUUCCAAUAAUUCUAGAAGUGGGAGAGGUAGGGGCAACAAUGGGGCAAAGAGGUGGUGAAAGGAUUGAGUGUAGUCUAUUUGUGAAGACUAUUGAAGUAGUAGGUUUAGUGUUGGUAUUAUAUGGAGGAUUAAUGUUCUGAUGGGGUCAAGUUAUCCUCAUAAUUAACUCAGAAUAUUCUUAUUUUUUUUUAAUGCUAUUCAUUUUUUGUCAUUCUCAUACGUCUGGGGUUGGCUUUGCCCCCCAGUUUGUAUCACUUUUGUUUGAUGUCGCAUUAUUUUUCUCAUUUUUCACUUAGUGUAAUAUCAGUUUUAUAUAUCUAUGGAAAGACUUAGAAGAAAAUAUUUAUAUAUUUUCUUUUUGCCUUUGGGUCCA